CGUAGAUUCAAAGCUAAAGAAAAAGAUGCCGACCAAGUGCGAGAUACGAAGUGAAAGGUGGAGAUUAAGUAAGACGAACACACUUGUCGACAAACAACGGUUCAUAAGGACCCACGUAUCAGCCGUAGAUCUUAUUAAACCCACUGAUCACUAAUCUCAUCCCAUCCUAAGUAACCAUGCAUCUCAUUUCCUCCCAAGAAUUCCUCAACAUCUUUCUCAAAUUUCAACGAAUCCCAAGCUCUCAAUCUCUGUUUCCUCAACUCCCAAACCAACUCCUUGUUCUUACUCGCUGUGUCUGCAUCUGCAUGCCAACCUCUGCCACCUUACUUCGUGCUAUUUUUCCAGAGUUGCGUGUUUCUGAUCCUACAAAGAUUGGAGAACUUCUACAACUACAACUUGUUAAUUAUGUAUCUUCAUGGCCGACUCAGACGACGACUCUGGAGGACCCCAGUAACCCAUCAAAGACCACCAACGCCAAAGGCCUGUCUCCCCGAGGGAACAAGACCGUUUCUUGCCCAUUGCAAACGUUAGCAGGAUCAUGAAAAAGGCUCUCCCUGAAAACGCUACAAUCUCCAAAGACGCUAAAUAGACUGUUCAGGAAUGCGUCUCUGAGUUCAUCAGCUUCGUUACAGGUGAUGCUUCCGAUAAGUCCCGUAGAGAAGAGGAAGACCAUCAGCGGCGAUGAUUUCCUCUGGGCCUUGAUCACUAUGGGCUUUCAAGACUAGGUCGACCCUUUGAAGGUUUGCUUGCACAGAUUUAGAGAAAUGGACGGGGAGGAGACUGCUGUAGCGCGUAAGAUAGACGCUCGUCGAAAUGGCAGUGGCUUUACUGUCGAGGGCUAUGGCGGUGGGUACCACAGCCACGUAUACAGGACCGGCUCUGGGUUUAAUAAUCAGAUGGGAGGAGUCGGGUUGUGGUAAGGUAGUUGGUCGGGCUUUAGUGGGCCUGGAGAUAGUUUGAAGAGGCCCAGUUAGCUUUAAUUGAUGGGCCUUUGGUUUAUCAUCUUCACCUUCCUCUUUUAAUAAGCUCAGUUUUUAUUCAUCUGUUAAUCGAAGGCGACAAAACUAAACAUCCUUUUGCAGUCACAUAGAUCGUCUCAGGUAGCAAUGGUAUACCCACAUCGAUAAGCGUUUCGGUGGCCUUCCAGGGAUUGAGAGAAAGGGAAGCCCUUAACUGGUUCGAACUCAUUGAUUGUGGAUUUUGUUUCCUGUGUGUCGUAUAUUGCAUUGAUGGAUUUGUGAUUUUGGGUUUUGUUUCAAAUGGAUUUGUCCUUUGUGAUUUACCAAAGUCAUUUGUGAUUAUGAAUUUUGUUUAAAUGGUUUUUAUUGCUCUAGAUUUUAUGGUGA